AUUUCUUCUUCUAACAUCUCAGGCCAUAUCUCUUCUCUUUUAGAUCAAGGAGGAUUAAUGUUUCACCAAGCUUUCUUUGUCCAAGAAGGGGUUAAACAUCUCAGGUUCCCAGGAUGAAAUCUCGGCUGCCCAGAACUCCCAGGGCUGGGCACCUUACCCCCCCACACCACCCCGCACCUUCUCUUUCUCCUCUAGGGCUUACUGCCUGGCACAUGAUCUCAAAUUUCCAGGGGGCUCUGUCUCUCUCUCUCUCUCUCUCCCUCUGGGUGGGGGGAACAAAGACAUCUCAGGUUUUCUCCACCCUUCUGUCCCUCUGGUUCCAGUCCCUUCACCCCCUGGCCUGCCUCUCCUGGGCCUCAUGGCUUCCCCACCCUCCAUCGAGCCCACGGAUGGGCACUUCACUGACUGGAACCAGAAGAGAGAUUUCCCCUGGGAGAUCUCUACUUUUAACCCCUGUGUUCUCAGAGGUGUGUCCAAUGUCUUCAGUGGUCACACCAGGCAUCAAUAUUCAAAUCUGACCACUGAUUGGUUUGACCCCAACUUUCUGAAAAAACUCACUUCCUUGUCAAACCAGGACAAAAACAAAACAGAGAAUUAAUUCACUGCUUCCCAUGGGCAGGCAUGUGUUCAGCCAUCUCCAGGACAGCAGGGCACUACCACUUGUAACAAUAACUUGGAAAGAAAAACACCAUUACUUCAAAAGUUCCUCCUCCUUAUUCUUCUUUUAUGCUUUAUGUAUUGACCAUGAUGCCAUAUGGCCUGGAUAUAUCCCUUUGGUCUGGGUCACCUGUCCCAUCUGUGUCUCCUCCUCAACCCCAGCUUUCUCACCAGCAUAGCAGCAUAAAAGCAGAAGACUUGGUUUUGUGUAAGACCUGCUCAGCAACAACAAAACCAACUCUAUAUUGUCAACUUUGUGUUCAUGACAAAUCCAAAACACAUACUAGCCACAGUGGAAAAAAAAAAAAUAGCUCUAUCCCAACCAAAACAAGGACAGCCUGUUUCAGAGACAUACCAUGAAUCUUCUGAUGACAGUGUCCCUGAACCAGCACUGAAUUAAUUGUGAGCAGGUGAUUUACCAUUUUCAGAGACUAAUCAAAAAUUGUUAACUAUCAAAACCUGCUUUUAGGAGUGUCAUAAAGGAAAACUUUUGCAGCAGCAUUUUAUUUUCUUUUUAAAUGGAUACCUUAAAACUGAAAGGAUAGCAUUGGAAAGAAUAGAGUGGCUAUAUAUUUUCUGCAUUAAGUUGCUCUGUUAUUUGUAGUGACUACAGCACAAACUUUUCCUUCUCUAAUUGGAAAAUUUAUGACUCAGAGAUUUGCAAUAGUCUUACCAAAGAGAUGAUCUAAAAUUGGGAGUCUAAACCUGCAAUCUAACAUGUAGAACAUGUUCGAAUGUGUGCAUUUUUUCACAGAAGAGAUUAGCAAAAGCUGUGUAAGUGCUCAUCAGAAAAUAGAGCUAAAAGGAACAUUACAGAAAUGUACUGGUUUGCUGAUAAUCCUGCUCUGUGAAACUAGAAUACAUAUUUUCAUUUGCUAAUCCUAUUUGCAGAAGAUAAAGUCCCAUGCUUCAGAGCACUGCCAACUGUGAACUGCUUGGUGUUUAGCACAAAAAUACUGCUGCCUGGGCAAGUGAAGCAUUGUGUCUUGCUCCUUUAAGUAACCCAGUUAAAUUGACUCUGCCUGCCACACCUGGGAUUAUGGGACACUUCAUACCUUUUGGAUAAACAUAGAAUAAUGAUGAUAAGCAAUUUUCAAGGUAUUGCCCCAGCUACUCAGACAAACAGAUGCAAAUGAGAGAAAAGCUGUUUAGAAGAAACAAGGUCUGGAUUUGCUCUGCGAUAGAGCGAGACUCCUGGAGAAGCUAUUGGAUUUGACAGAAAAACACAGAGGAGAUCAUGGCUAAGCUUUAAUUAAGAAACAUCAACAUUGCUAACAACUGCAAAAAGAGGGACGGAAGGACCUUUGUGACCAAGGAUGUGGCUGUCAUGGAAACUCUUGCUGUAUCUGUCACUCACUGGCUGUCUUUCAGAUUAUUCAGAAGCUGUUCCUGGUCUCCCCACAUCAUAUGCUGCUAUCCUAAGAAUCAAAUCCGGUAGUUCAUCUUUAGCCUCAUUUAAUUCAAAGAACAGACCACGAUUAAGCAGUCCUUCAUUAGGAAGUGUAUCUUCACCAGGCUGGAGAGGAACCACACAACAUUAUCACUCCCCAACAAACCUCUACCACUUCUCAGAGACCUUCAAACAUGAUGAAAGUGUUGAUUAUGGGCCGGUGUUUGUACAAGAGCCAGAUGAUAUAAUUUUUCCAACUGAUUCUGAGGAAAAGAAAGUGUCUCUGAAUUGUCAAGCACGUGGAAAUCCUACUCCCACAUACAGAUGGCUUCGAAAUGGAACAGAAAUCGACAUUGAAAGUGAUUAUCGCUUCAGUUUAAUAGAAGGAAGUUUGAUCAUCAGCAACCCCAGUGAAAUGAAAGAUUCUGGACAGUACCAAUGUUUAACUACCAACAUGUUUGGCAGUAUUUUAAGCAGAGAGGCUGUUCUUCAGUUUGCAUAUCUGGGGAAUUUUAGCGGUCGGACAAGAAGUGCUGUAUCUGUACGUGAAGGUCAAGGAGUUGUUCUGAUGUGCUCCCCUCCACUUCAUUCUCCAGAGAUCAUCUAUAGCUGGGUAUUUAAUGAAUUCCCAUCUUUUGUGGCAGAAGACAGCAGGCGUUUCAUCUCUCAGGAGACAGGCAAUCUCUACAUAUCCAAGGUGCAAACAUCCGAUGUUGGCAGCUACAUAUGCCUGGUGAAAAACACAGUGACAAAUGCCAGAGUUUUGAGUCCUCCUACACCUCUGACACUGAGAAACGAUGGUGUGAUGGGGGAAUAUGAACCAAAAAUUGAAGUCCAUUUUCCUUACAUAGUUACAGCUGCAAGGGGAACUACUGUUAAGAUGGAGUGUUUUGCACUUGGAAACCCUGUUCCAACAAUCUCUUGGAGGAAAGUUAAUGGUCAUAAUCCAAGUAAAGCUCGCCUGAGAAAAUCCCAAGCUGUGCUUGAAAUACCUAAUGUGCAGCUAGAGGACUCAGGAAUGUAUGAAUGUAAGGCUGAAAACUCUCGUGGAAGAAAUGUCUUCAGAGGACAGCUACAAGUAUACACCUACCCACACUGGGUGGAGAAACUCAAUGACACCCAAUUAGACAGUGGAGAUCAGCUCCGAUGGGAAUGCAAAGCCACUGGAAAGCCAAGGCCGACUUAUCGCUGGCUGAAAAAUGGAGUUCCUCUCUGGCCACAGAGCAGGAUUGAGAUGAUUAAUGGUGUUCUGAUGAUCCAUAGUGCAAAUGUCUCAGAUGCUGGAAUGUAUCAGUGCUUAGCAGAAAAUAAGUAUGGUACGAUUUAUGCCAGUGCUGAGCUGAAGAUUUUAGCUUCAGCUCCCACUUUCCCGCUUAAUCAAAUGAGGAAAACAAUAAUUGUUACCAAAGGCCAAGAAGUUGUCAUUGAGUGCAAGCCAGAAGCCUCUCCAAAGCCAACUAUCACUUGGAAGAAAGGCGACAAAGUGUUAAGGGAGAAUAAGAGGAUCAUUUUUCUUCCACAUGGGAGUCUGCGAAUCCUGAAUGCUUCCAAGUCUGAUGAAGGGAGGUAUUUAUGCCAAGGUGUAAAUGUAUUUGGAUCUGCAGAAAUCAUUGCAUCAGUAUCUGUUAAAGAACCUACAAGAAUAGAGCUGACUCCCAAGAAGGUUGAGUUAACAGUUGGAGAGAGCAUUGUCCUCAGCUGCAAAGCCCUUCAUGACAGCACAAUGGAUGUCACCUUCUACUGGACACUCAAUGGGCAGCCAAUUGACUUUGAGAAAGAGGGUGGACACUUUGAAAGCAUCAAGGCACAAGCGUCCUCUGCAGAUUUAAUGAUCAGGAACAUCCUCCUGAUGCACGCUGGGAGAUAUGGCUGCAGGGUCCAGACCGCAGCGGACACCGUGUCAGACGAGACGGAGCUGCUUGUUAGGGGUCCUCCUGGUCCCCCAGGGGUUGUAAUAGUGGAGGAAAUUACAGACACAACAGCAACACUCUCCUGGAGUCCUGGGGCAGACAAUCACAGCCCUAUCUCCCUCUACAACCUGCAAGCACGCAGUCCAUUUUCUCUUGGCUGGCAGACCGUAAAAACAGUUCCAGAUCUGAUAAGUGGUGACAUGGAGUCUGCUAUGGCUGUGGAACUGAACCCUUGGGUGGAGUAUGAGUUCAGAGUAGUAGCAACCAAUAAAAUUGGGACUGGAGACCCAAGUGCACCAUCGCGAGUGAUCAGAACCAAUGAAGCAGUGCCAAAGACACCUCCAGCUAACGUAAGUGGCAGAAGUGGAAGGAGACAUGAAUUAGUAAUAGCAUGGGAGCCAGUGUCAGAAGAGUUUCAGAGUGGAGAAGGAUUUGGAUAUAUUGUAGCCUUCAGACCCAAUGGAACACGUGGAUGGAAGGAAAAAAUGGUGACAUCUUCAGAUGCCUCAAAAUUCAUCUACAGAGAUGAAAGUGUCCCACCUCUGACUCCUUUUGAGGUGAAAGUUGGUGUUUACAACAACAAAGGAGAUGGUCCCUUCAGCCCUAUUGUAGUCAUCUGCUCAGCUGAAGGAGAACCCACUGCUGCUCCCAUCGAUGUCAAAGCUACGAGUUUAUCUGUAUCAGAGAUUCUUGUUGCGUGGAAACAUAUUAAAGAAAGUCUAGGAAGACCACAGGGAUUCGAGGUUGGUUACUGGAAGGACAUGCAGCAGGAAGAAGCAGCAGAAAAGGUCAAAACAGAGGGAAAUGAGUCAUCCAUCCUCCUGACAGGAUUAGAAGGAAACACAUUAUAUCACCUAACAGUGAGGGCAUACAAUGCUGCAGGGUAUGGACCACCUAGCACUGCUGUACAUGCAGCAACCAAGAAAUCCCCUCCCAGCCAAGCACCAGGCAAUAUUAUGUGGAUACAGGAUGGCUCACAUGUGUCUCUUGGGUGGGAGCCAGUCAGACCUCUAGCUAAUGAAUCUGAUGUAAUGGGAUACAAGGUGUUAUUUCGGCAAGAGGGUCAGAGCAAUAGCCAAGUUAUAGAAACACAGAAAACCUCUGCAGUGGUUCUUCUUCCUGAUGUUGGGGUCUACAUCAUUGAGGUCUGUGCAGUCAGUGAAGGAGGGGAUGGGACUGCAAGUCCCCAGAUCAGAGUUCCAUCUUUUUCAGGAGGGAAAGUAACAAGUGCUCAGUCCACCUUACAUGUGUUGUCCACUUCCUCAUCCUCUGUAACACUGCUUUUGGCACUGAUAGUACCUUCGACCUCAUGGUGAAGGCUGCAGACUUUGUUGAAGUUGUUAUUUGUUUGCUUUAACUUGAUGACACCAAGGGAUGGAGUUUUAUGUCCGUGGAGAAACUGAAAACUCAAGCUAAUGCUUAAAGACCCAUCGAAAUGCCUGUGGUGCACUUACAGGAGUGUUGGAGACACGGUCAAUAAUUCAUCAGGUUUUUAUCUCUUCUUUAUUUGUAAAAGUCCUCUGGGAAGGAGACCCUUCUUGGCCCAAAAAUAUGCAGAUUGUAUGUAAUAAACUUUUGUAAGCAAAGAUAAUUUCUGUCAAAUGUAUUUUCCUUUUUUAAUAUGUUCAAAUUUGGUGAAGCCAGUCAUGUAUCAUCAGGUGUUUAAAGGGUGGUGUCUAGUGCAGUACACCUGUAUGGUUUGGAGAAAAGAAAUCCUUUUUUAAGUAUAGAAAAAAGUUUGAUACAGAUGGUUGCUCAUACUCACAAGGAAGAAAACCAGAGUUUAUAUACAAAGACCUAGGCAAAAGUAAAGAGUAACUCGUUCUGAAAAUAUAUAAUAUGUAUACAUUUAGCAAAAAUGAUAGUCAAUGAAAUACUAGACAAUUUACCCCAGAACUCAGCAAAAUGGAGCAGAAAAUCCAUUUAUUUUAUUACCAGGGAAAUGGAAAAUUAUUAAAUACAAGCUUAAGAUGAAACCAGUCAGUUUUUAUCAAAUACCACAAGCUUUCAUGUCAAAUUGAAUUUUCAGUAGAAAAUAAGAAAACAAUUCCUUCUGCAUAUGACAAUGAAAAUUCCACUGGUCAUUUAAACAUUAUAUACAUUAAGCUACUAAGAGGACAAAUAAAGCAAUGAAAGGAGAUAAAUCUAUUUUUCCCAAUCACUUCUCAGUUGUAACUUUUUUUUUCCUGAGCCCAAUUUUUGUUAUCAUUCUAUGCCUUUCAGAAUGUCAUUAUCCACAUAUCUACACACUACAGUCGGAUAUAUUUUGGAGAAUUUUGUUUCUGAGAAAAAAAUACUUGGAAAAGUGCUACAGAGCAUCAUCCCAACUAUUUAUCUAAUUGGCUCUAUUUCUAUAGCUCACUGGAGAUUAUUCUUGUAGAUACUGUGUGCUAUCAGUUCUAAUCCCCACUUUUUGCUGUACCAGACAAUUUUUUACUAAAUAGACAUUUUGGACAAGUUUUCUAUAUGGAAGGCUUCCCAUGUACUGGAACCUGAGGAAAAAUUACUCCCAGGGAAGAUGUUGUGCAUGUUUGUACAAUCAUGGUGGGCACAGUGUUAGGAAGGGCAGCAUUUUGCUAACACCUCUGGGGACCUUGCCUAGGAAAAACAUUGCACUGCCUAGGAAGAAUCAAGUCAAAAAUGGUUAACAUGAAAGUCCUAAUAGCGUAGUUCUUCUAGUUGUCUAUCCCUGCAAAAGUUUCGAUGAAAACCUAUUUUAGCUGAUGGGUUCCCAAUUCAAAAUGCUUUUAUUUUGCCAAUUCACUAGCAAAAUAUUUUUUGGCAUUUAAACAAUACACUGAAACUGUGCUCUUUCUUAGCUGCUUCAAAACAGUAACCAAAAAAGCACAACAAAGACAAGAAGGUGGAAAACUGAUGACUAAAUAUUUUUGCUUUUGAAUAUUUUACCACUAAAAUUUUACAGAGGACAUUCAACUAAAAUCUUUGCUACCCUCUAAUAUUUUAAAUAAUUUUCUUAAAAAAUGGUUUUUAAAAUUACUUAAGUCACCAUGUUGCUCAGAAAACAAAUGCAGGAUAGCUAGCUAAGAAUUAACUGUAGAUAUAUAGAAAGAGAUCUUCUAUAUCUCUGCUUCUGGAAAAGCCUUUGACAUCAAAGGAAGGUGUAAGGUACCUUGCUGAUAGAGCAAACUCAGAGAAUAACUACCUGCUGUCUCUUGUAAAACAGCAGCAUUGCUACUGUGCAGAGAACCUGCAUCAGCAAUCCAUCAUCUGCCAAAAUGUUAAAAUAAAUAAGAAUAAAGUGAUGAACCAAAAAGUCAAAUGGCUAUUUUAUAAAUUAGUUAUGUAUAAUUUCCUCUAUUUUUUUACACAGUUGCUGGCCAAUGCAAUUCAUUUCAGAGUAUUCAAAUAGGCUACAUUCACUUCUGGUGGCAUUUGGUUAAACAUUCUGAUAACAAUAAAUGGAUAUGCUUUAUAGGAAGAAAAAAAAGUCUGAUGAGGAGACAGCUCCAUCUAGACACAUCUCCCUCUCUAGUAUGAAGAUACAAAUAGAAAUACUGAACAUACCAUCAGGUAAUGUAAUUGUAUUGCAGGGACAAAAGGAGGUAUGUUUUAUAUUCAACAUGAACAGAAUAUGUAUUUUGCAUCUUAAAUAUAUUAAUAAACAUGUUUUAAAUGUUUAAGUACCUAUGUAUUACCUAUUUGUUACUUUGUAGAAGAUGUUUCCUUAUCAUGACAUUUUUAGUUGCAAGGGAAAGCUUUUUCCUUUUUCAUGUAAAAAAUUGUAAUAGUGCAGUCUAGCGUCACUGAGGAGACUGUAUUUUUGUAUAAUGUCACAGAAUCUGUUCAGAAAAUAAAAUAAUUAGAAAGAAACCUUAUUUCACAAACCAAAAGAAAGUUGCUAUCAUGGCCCAUAUCAAAAUGUUAGAUAUAUUGUAUACAAUCUGUAUAUAUGCUAUAUAUAAUGGUAUAUACAAUGUGGAAGACACAGUAAUAUAAUAGUUUCUGUGUACUGUUCUUGUAACAUUAGAUCUUUUUAAUAAAUUAUUCUCUUUUUAUUGACUUUUAUC